GCGUGUCGUUCAGAGAAUACGGAAUAGUGUCCGGAGAUUUUGGGGAAAACGGAGGAGCGACGUUGACAAGCUGAGCCGAAGAGAAUGAACAAGCGUGGUAGGGGUCAGGUGAACGCGUUCAACCUGGUCCCUGUGGUGGAGCAUGUCCUACCGAGAUAGACCAAGGACUGAGGUGGAGUGCAUCACCACUGCUGAUAGAUCUCUCUAUGUUGGAACUGCAGACGGCCUCAUAGUGUUCUACCAGCUAGAAGAGAACCUGAGUCCUCUUGGGAAGACCAUCUACCAGAGCAAGGUCAAGGGACAGAUCCAACUUGGUGGAGACAAGCGUAAGCCGAUCCAGCAGCUGACUGCAGUAUCAUCUCAGAGAAGACUGCUGGCCCUGGUAGACGGCCUCCUCUACCUCAUGAACAUGUCCACUCUGGAGCUAUAUGAUACUGGACAGAGGAUACAAAAGUUGAACUGCUACUGCAUCAAUGAGAGUAAAUCUCACCAGUCCUCUGCAGGUCCCUUCGAGGUGAUCGUGGCACCCCAGCGAAGGAAGCAGAUCCAGAAGUACACAUUGAGUGGGGAGAGAUUCGGGCAUGUGAAAGACUACAGCAUCCCAGAGCCUGCACAUGCCAUGGCCAGGGAUGGUAACUCGGUGUGUGUAGCUCUCUCUGGACAAGAUGGGAAGUAUGUCAUCAUCAACAUCCAUGAGGGAAAUAUGUUUGACAUACUGAGCUACGAACCCGGAUCUACACCUUUUGUUAGAAGAAUGGGGAAAGGAGAGUUUCUGGUGAAUGCCGGGUCAUUUGGAAUCACUACCACAAUAUCAGGCAUCUCCAACAGACCCCCGGUGGAGUGGGGUAGUGAGUUCCCUCCCAAGGCAGCCACCUACGUCUUCCCCUACAUAGUGGCCUGGUCUCAGGAGGCUGAGGUCAUACGAGUGUUCAACCUCAUCCACCAGAAAUGUGUCCAGGAGAUCCCCUUCAAUAAUGGUCGAUACAUGAGUGAGCUAUCGGGAAAGUUGUACGCAGCGAGAGACAAGUCUAUAUACCUACUCUCAGCCAUGCCACUCAAAGAACAGGUGAAUGAUCUACUGGAGAGGGAACUGGUGGAGGAGGCGGUGUUACUGGCAGAGACUGUGGGUGCUCUUGAGGCCAGCAAGAACCCCUCAGCUGCUGUAGAGUACAUGAAUGCGGUGAAGCUGAAGGCAGCGUUCAUCUACCUGGCCACCGGGUCCUUCUCUCAGGCGGAGACCCUUCUUCAUGAGAGCGGCUGCGACCCACGAGAGGUGAUAGUACUGUUCGAAGGACUGCUGCCCCAAAGCUCCACCUUUCAGCCAGUGGCCAGCCACCUCCACAGUCUCCCCUCCAUCCAAGCCAUUGCUGAGGCCUCAGAAGGAGGCGUGGUCCUGAGAGAAGCCAAGAAAUUCCUCAUCCGCUACCUCAAAGAAGUUCGGACCACUCAACUGGCUCUCGGGAGGAGAGAGGAUAUAGACACGUCCCUGGUGAAGCUACUGGCAGAAGAUCACUCUGCCUCCCUAGUUCCCUACAUCACCAACCACGACCUCCAUCUCUCAUUUGACGAGACCAAACAGGCCCUCGAGGACUACAAGUGCUACCAUGCCCUGGCCCUCCUUUACUACUACUCCAACCAGACAAAUGAAGCCCUCGGGAUCUGGACCAGGAUAUACGACAAGCAACUGAGCGACUCUCAGUUCCCUGGUUUCAGCUACAUCAUCGAGUUCCUGUCCAAAUGUGGCAUCAUCGAGGUGGUGCUGCAGUACGCCAAGUGGGCUCUGGACAGGAACCAGGAGGUGGGCGUCAAAAUCUUCACGGAGCGCUUGGAGGGAGAGAAGAGCAAGCAGCUGGAGCCGCCCUUCCUUCUGGAGUACCUCAAACCUUACCCCGAUGCCACCCUCCUCUACCUGGAGUACCUCGUCAAUGACCGGAAUUCCACUGAGGAGUCAUUCCACACCCAACUGGCCAGCAGCUACCUGAGGCAGCUGCUCGGACUCAGAGAAGAAACCUCUGCACCUGACAGAGAGCUCAAGAGAGCCAGAGUGAAGCUGCAGGGGUUUCUAGAGUCGUCAACUCGCUACAACCCGGCCUGUCUGCUGUCUGAGGUGGUGGACACUGACAUGUAUAGAGAGUGCUCUGUCCUCUAUGGCAGGAUGGAGGAGCAUGAGAAAGCACUGAGUCUGUUGGUUCACAAGCUUCGAGACUACCCAAUGGCCCAGGAAUACUGUGAGGAGUACUCGAAGGGGAAAGGCCGGGUGUAUCGGCAGAACCUGUACCAGACACUGCUGAGAGUCUACCUACAGCCACAGGAUAGGUCGGAUCAGAAGAUCCUCAUCACCCCAGCCCUGAGUCUACUGAAUGCCCACGGAGCCCAGUUUGAUGCGGCCCAGGUCCUGGAGCUGCUGCCUCACGACUGGCCGGUCACAACCGUGAAGGCCUUCCUACUGAGGAGCAUCAGAGGCAGCAUGGACACUCACCGCACCGGGAAGAUAGAGUAUAACCUUUCCAGGGGAGAGAACCUGAGGGUUAGAGAGCAGUACAUCAGUCUACAAGGAGAUCCAAUAGUUAUCACUGAUAACACGAGGUGUCCGGUGUGUAACCUUCCGUUCAGUGACGCGGCUUUUGUCCGCUACCCCAAUGGGGUCAUCACUCACCUCAAGUGUGGUAGGAACAAGACCAUUUGUCCUGUGACUGGUACAUGGUUUGGAAAGGUUUAAUUAUAGUUUUUUCAUUUUUUUUAUUAUGCUGUAAAUGUCAGUGUGACUACGAGGCAGGGAAUGCAAUUUUGCCUCCAUUUUUCAGACCUCUCAAGUAUUUAUAUGCGCCAGCCACUGAAUUGCAUGUACGCUAAAUCUCCAACAUCUGCAGAUCGCCAUUUUCUUUUGCGCAUUCAGUGUAUCAUGUUGACAGAUGAUGCACACAUGUGCCAGUGUGAACCGGUUUGCCAGGUGGACCGUAUAAUAAUGUGGAAACGAAUCUACGUAGUGCUGAUAAUCAUCAGUGUUCAAACUCCAAAAACACAUUUGGCUGCAAAAACAAAACCAAAAAACACUAAAAGAAUGCCAGAGUACCAAUAAAAAUCAUCAUAAUCAUUACUUGUCAUGAUCGUAUAAGCUUAUUGUUCCAGCUCUCUGGGUUCGGUAAAACUAAAUGACAACCGUUUGCUAAAGGCCGAGGUUUCAUCUGACAUUGACUCUAUCUCUCUAUACUCGUUGUUUCUCUUCCACCCCAUCGUUCUGAGGGCUCGCUGCAAUAGCGACCUGAAGACCUUGUAUCGCUCGGGUAGCUGCUUGUAGAGAAGAACAGUCACAAUCAGGAGAAAAACGAGGAGGGUCAUCCCCACUGAUAUCGAGACUAUUAUAUUCUGAGCCCCAGGAAUAUCCUGUGUGUAGAGAGUGGAAACUGAGAAACACCACAGAUUGAAGAGCAUUGCCGCCUCAAGUACGUCCAGGUACCACUUUUCGUAAAGUCCGCGUAGGACGAUCAUUCCAAGCAAAAGAAACACGGUGACUGCCCCUGUGCACACCAGGUUUAUGGCUACCUCGUUCUUGUAGUUGAAGGCGUACACUGCCAGG